GCCGCGGCGCGCGCAACAGUGAGCAGCCGUGCCCGAGCGGCGAGCAACCCUCCGCUCGCCGCGCAGCCCACGUAGUCGGUGUGGGCCAUGGAGGAGCCUCCAGCCAGCUGCGCGUAACGUUAGCUGCGAGCGUCACGCUUUACACUCGUCACAGUAACUUCAAAAUGCAUAGUUCGGCGGCGGCGAUCUUCCUGCUCGUUUUCACGGGAGUAAUUGUGCCGUUGGCAGCAGUGGCACUUAAGGACCACCACCACCAGCCACGGGCUUCUGCUGGAUCUGGCGGUGGCGGUGGUUGUCGUGGAGGGGACAGCGGGGGCGGCAAGGAGAAAGUACCCCGGAGGACGAGAUACCGUACAGGACACCUAUCGGAGUUUUCCUGCGGGAAGCUGUACUACAGGACAUUCAUGCUCGACUCGAAGAGGGAUUCUCUAUACGUUGGCGCAAUGGAUCGCGUCUUCAGACUGAACCUCAACAACAUCAGUCAGUCGCAGUGCGAUAAAGAUUCUUUGGUGAUGGAAGCGAGUCAUGUGGCUAACUGCGUCUCCAAAGGCAAAUCUGAGCACUUCGACUGUCGCAAUCAUAUACGCGUCAUCCAGCCAAUGGGUAACGGAAACCGUCUCUAUGUGUGCGGGACCAAUGCACACAGUCCGAAGGACUGGGUUAUUUACGCGAAUCUGACGCACUUGUCGCGGCGUGACUACGUACCCGGCGUGGGCACGGGUGUGGCCAAGUGCCCGUACGACCCGGCGGACAACUCGACGGCGGUGUGGGUGGAGCGCGGCAACCCGGGCGGCCUGCCGGGCCUCUACAGCGGCACCAACGCCGAGUUCACCAAGGCCGACACCGUCAUCUUCCGCACAGACCUGCACAACCUGACCACCGGCCGCCGCGAGUUCUCCUUCAAGAGGACCCUUAAGUACGACUCCAAGUGGCUCGACAAGCCGAACUUCGUUGGCUCAUUCGACGUGGGCGAGCACGUGCUGUUCUUCUUCCGAGAGCCGGCCGUGGAGUACAUCAACUGCGGCAAGAGCGUCUACUCGCGCGUGGCGCGCGUCUGCAAGCGCGACACCGGCGGCAAGAACAUCCUCUCGCAGAACUGGGCCACCUUCCUCAAGGCGCGCCUCAACUGCUCCCUGCCCGGCGAGUUCCCCUUCUACUUCAACGAGAUACAGGCCGUAUACCGCACUCCGGACGACCCGAGCCGCUUCCACGCCGUCUUCACGACGUCCAGCACGGGCCUGAUCGGAUCGGCCAUCUGCUCGUACACGCUGCAGGACCUGCAGCAGGCGUUCCGCGGCCGCUUCAAGGAGCAGGCGACCAGCAGCUCCGCCUGGCUGCCCGUUCUCUCCAGCAGGGUGCCGGAGCCGCGGCCCGGAGAGUGCGUCAACGACACCCAGACCCUGCCCGACACGGUGCUCAACUUCAUCCGAUCGCACCCGCUGAUGGACUCUGCCGUGGGCCAUGAGUACGGCAAGCCGGUGUUCUACAAGCGGGACGAGGUGUUCACCACGGUCGUUGUGGACCGCCUGAAGGCUGAGUUGGCACCUGCCGGCGUCUACAGCGUCUUCUACGCAGGCACCAGCACUGGGUCCGUGUACAAGGUCGCCCAGUGGUUCGAUCCAGCUACCGGGGAAUCCUCGUCAAGUCUCGUCGACGUCUUCGACGUGACACCGGGAGAAGCGAUCCACGUCAUGGAUAUCUCACCACAGCACGCGUCGCUGUACGUGGCGACGGACGAGCGUGUGCGGCAGCUGCUGCUGGCCGACUGCGGCCGUCGCCAUUCCAACUGCCUGCAGUGCGUCACCGACCCCUACUGCGGCUGGGACCGACGAGACGGCGUCUGCAGACUGUACGCCCCUGGACUGCUGCAGGACGUGACGAACAGAUCGCGCGGCCCGUGCGAGACGAGUGUGCCCAAGAAGCGGCUGACGGUCACGUGGGGCCAGAGCGUGCACCUGGGCUGCCUCAGCCAGCAGCAGGCUGCGCCGCAGGUGCUCGCCGGCCGCGCCGUCUCCUGGCUGCACUACAGCGACGCCAGGGGCCGCUACCACAUACGCUUCAGUAAGCCCGAGAAGUACAUCGAGACGUCGGAGCACGGCCUGGUGAUCAUCGCGGUGACGGAGGCGGACGCGGGCCGCUACGACUGCUGGCUGGGCGGGGCGCUGCUCUGCUCCUACAACGUCACCGUCGACACCCAUCGCUGCUCGCCGCCCGGAAAGUCGCACGACUACCAGAAGAUCUACUCCGACUGGUGCCACGAGUUCGAGAAGUACAAGACCGCCAUGAAGUCCUGGGAGCGCAAGCAGGCGCAAUGCCUGGCGCGACAGAAUGAAAGCAACCAAAACGCACAUCCAAACGAGAUCUAUCACGGUUCACUGAUAAGGUAACGUGGCAACGCUAAGUGAGGCACAUGGCUGGAGAACGUGGCUCCCAUCUGCUCAGCGAGCGCCUCAUUCUUGGCUGCCUCAGAAGCGUGGUUCGAUGGCCCCGGAGACCGUGCACAGUAUUCACGCGAACUCGCAGCUCUUCCUAAACUGACGGCUGUUGGUGGCAAGAUGGACCAGCGGCUGCAAGUGCUCUGAGCUGUGAACAUUGUACGCUCAAAUGGUGUUUGUUUGCUGAUAUGUCAGUACAUUGACUGAUGGGUAACUUACUGUGGUAGGUAGCACUUGGGACCUGGACACAAACUGAUUUAGGUUUUCUAGAAAAUGAUUUAUGAGUAGGGACAAUAACAGUGUUUUUUAAUGUGUAUCUUGUUGGGGAACAUGACAUCCAGAAGUUUAUCGUCGAUGAACGUUACUUAUCUCUUAGCCCCUGUAAAAAGUUCCCCAAAGGAAGGUCUUGUGGGAUGUUACCUUUCCAGCAUGUCUGCUAACAACAUCCACUGUAUAACAGCUGGUGUUUGUGUUGAAGAAAGUAUAAUUUAUUUGUGCUGUGAAUGUAACACACUGUAGACAUAGCAGUUGCAAGAGUAAUAAAUUACUGUUGCUGUCUGACAAGAAGCAGAUAUCUGACUUACAGUGGCAAAAAAUGAUGUAUGUCCCUUUAAUGAUGCUAACUGACAAUGUCAAACUGAAAAAAAUUGUUUUGUUCAGAUCACAGGUAAAUAGAUUGAACUUCGCAUGUUAACAUUGCUUUUACUUAAUUUUUGAACUUCGUUUAGGAAAUGAAAAGUUAUUAUAAUUUCUUUGGGGAAAACUGGUUCUUCUUUAUAGUCUUAGAUGAGGUCUGUGUCCACCUAACCACAGUGCUACCCACAAAAGACUAUUUCGAAGUUUGACAUUUGAAUGAAUGACUGUUUGUAUAUAAAUGGUGCAGUGCUAAAAAUGAACUGUGUCUGUUUGGUGUUCCUGAAUAUUUGUGAAUGUAUUUGAUGAACUCCCCCACCCAUAAAGAUAUUUAAUGGAUCUGUGAUAUUUUUCUAUCAUCCUUCAUUGUUUUAAAAAGGAAGAAGAGGAAUAAAUAUUUCAGUGAAUGUAGAUUAAGACAAGUAUAAAAUUUGUAUGAAUGUGACAGAGAAUCCAUGGUUUACAAUGUAAGAAACAAUAUUCUGCUAAAUGCUUACCUCAAAUAACUUCCCUGCUGUUCAGCAUUUUUCCACAUCAUAACUAAUUUAAAAGCUGGAAUUAUGCUGCAAAAGAUAAUACCUGUCACCUGCAUUAAUGUUUACUGUCUGUCUCAGACUGGUUCUUGAAACGUACUGAGUGGAUUAUAAGCCACAAAAAGUGGUGCUACAGAUGUAAUCUUGGCUUCAGAAGUCAUUGGAGGACCUGCAAACUGUUUUCACUCUGUGCAUGUGAAAUAUUAAGAGAAAAUCCCAAAUAACUACACUAAUAAUUAUCUUUUAUGCAAUGAAAGUAAUGCAUAAUUCUGACUACUAUGAGGCAUAUCUGUUAUGUAGUAUACUCAAAAUUUUAAAACUCAGCAGUAACAGGAUAUAUAUGUCAUUAGCAAUAAGAGAUGAAGAUAUAUUGUUGUUAAAUAUAUUCUUAAGCUCUAUGGAUAAAACAUCAGCUAUUUGUCUUCCGGAAAUUGAAAUAAGCUACAAUUUGUCCAUAUUUUCCAUUUAUUUUGCUUUAUUAUGAAGUGAGAACAAUAGAACCAGUCUUCAUGAGUUGCCUCACGAAUUUGGUUUUAUUUUAUUUGUGGUUGAUUGUUACAGGAAAAUGAUAAAUUAUUAACUGCUUUGUUAAUUGUGAACUAUGUUUACUAGUUUACUAAGAAUUGUCCUAACUGUGGAGAUAUUUACAGAUGUUGCAUGAUGCAAAAAUUGUCUUUUCUUUUCAACAUUGUAUCAGUAAUUCGCCUUCAUUUGUAAAAAGUUUGAAAAUGUAAUAAAA